AUGCUCUACAAACUAUUUCCACGAUUGCGCCUGCCCGAUGCUUCCUCGCCAGCUCGAUCGCGCGAUUCAUUCGUCUAUAUAGAUCGAGGCAUGAGCGUAGUCGGCUGGAUGCCACCAAAAAAUCCCUGUGGACGCUACAUCUAUCGCUUGUGGUCAGCAUUUACGACACUCUUCAUAAUCAUACUACUGGAUGUCUCUUUGCUGAUUAGCUACAGUGAGCUGAGCAGCUUCACGGCUAGGCAAUUUCUCACCUCGUUGCAAGUGGCCUUCAACUGCUUUGGCUGCAGCAUCAAGGCCAGCUACACCUUUGCCGGCGUCAGGCGCUUAAAGCUGGCCAAGAAGAUACUGGAUCGCUUGGACUCGCGUUGCGAGACCUCAGAGCAUCGCCUCCAACUGCAGCAGACGGCAACGCUGUGCAAUCGAAUAUACAUGACAUACUGUGCGAUGUAUUUGCUUUACUCGAGCUCCACGUUUCUGGGGAGCAUGUUCUUCGGUCGCCUGGCGUGGAAUCUCUACAAUCCGCUGGUGGAUGCAGAGAGAGGUCUAUUUAGCUUUUGGCUGGCAGGAAUUUUGGAAUUUCUAUGGAUGACAGGCGCUGUGGUGCAGGAUCUAAUGGCCGAUGUCUAUCCGAUUGUAUAUUUCUUAGCUAUUCGAACUCACAUUAAAAUGCUUAAGGAGAGAUUAAGAAACCUGCGCAUGGAUACGAAUAUGUCCGAGGAGGAAAACUACAAGCAGCUCAUCAGAUGUAUUGAGGAUCAUCGUUUGAUAUUGGACUACUGCAACACCCUGCGACCCGUUGUCUCUGCUACAAUUUUCGUUCAGUUUGUACUCAUUGGCAUUGUCAUGGGCCUCUCGGCGAUCAACGUUAUUUUCUUCUCCAAUUUCUGGACUGGCCUGGGCACUGGCAUAUUCAUGUUCGACUUGAUACUGCAAACCUUUCCCUUUUGCUACAUCUGCAAUAUGAUAUACGACGAUUGCUACGAAAUGGCCAAUUGUCUCUUUCACUCCAAUUGGCUAACUGCGGAUCGUCAAUAUAGGACCACAUUAUGUUUUUUCCUAAGCAAUGUGCAGAAACCGAUUAUUUUCACAGCCGGAGGAAUUUUCGUAAUAUCGACUUCGUCAAAUAUAGCUGUUGCUAAAUUGGCGUUUUCUGUUGUCACAUUCGUUAGACAGUUGAACAUUGCCGAAAAGUUUUAUGACUAA